AUAUUGUGCGAGCCUUAAUCAAAUGAUUGUGUAUGAAAAACUGUAUAUAACCAUAAUUAAUAACAACUAUUAGUCUCGGUAAACUCAAUUAGUCAUGAUAAGUUAAGAAAUGUAUUUUCGCAGCCGUAGCUGCAUGCUUCCAAAAACACUGCUGUCCAGUUGAAAAAUCGAUUUUUCCAGCGCAAUCAAAAAAAGAAAGAAUGUGUCAUUGAAUCGAAAAGUAGUUUAGUUUAAUUAAGAAAGCGGCAUAAUGCCAGAGAACUUGGAAUUGCAUCAAUUUGAGGACGGAACGCGAGCGGGAGAUAUAUCAAAUCAAUGGAUGGAACAGAUAAAAACGCGCGUAAAUUGCCCGUAUUUGGGAAUAAUACUUGCUACGCUCUCUUCGCUAUUCUUCUCGCUGUGCUCGGUGAUUGUCAAGGGCCUGGUCGAUGUCAAUCCCAUGGAAUUGGCUUCGUUCCGCUUUGUGGGCGUUCUUCUGCCCACCAUCCCAAUACUCAUCUAUACCAAGCAGCCAGUAUUCCCGGAGGGCAAACGUGUCAUCCUCCUGCUGCGCUGCUUCAUGGGCACCACGGGCCUGAUGCUCAGCUUCUAUGCGUUUCGGCACAUGCCCCUGGCCGAUGCCAGCGUCAUCAUCUUCUCCACACCUGUGUUCGUUGCGAUCUUCGCAAGGGCCUUCCUCAAGGAGCCGUGCACCCUCUUCAAUGUACUGACCAUCAAUAUGACGCUCCUUGGCGUGGUGCUAAUCACUCGGCCACCGUUGGUCUUCGGCGAGGCGACGCCGGAUCUGGACAGUGAAAAGUAUUCGGAUAAAACAUAUGAUAUCUGGGGACCAGUUGCUGCCAUAUCCUCGACGCUGUUCGGUGCCAAUGUCUAUAUAUUGCUGCGCGCUCUGAAGAAUCUUCACUUCUCUGUGAUUAUGACGAACUUUGGAGCGAUUGCUCUCGUAUACACUCUGAUUGUGUGCGGCGCGAUUGGCGCCGUCUGCUGGCCAAGCUGUGGACGGGAUCGCUGGCUCGUCGUCGUCUUGGGCAUCUUCAGUUUCUUGGGCCAGAUCCUGUUGACGCUCUCGCUGCAGGUGGAGCAGGCCGGUCCAGUGGCCAUUGCACGCUGUGCCGAUAUCGUGUUCGCCUUCAUCUGGCAAAUCCUCUUCUUUGGCGAGGCGCCCAACGGGUAUUCCCUGUGCGGCGCCCUGAUGGUCGUCAGCUCCGUGAUUUUGACGGCAAUGAAGAAAUGGGCGAUGACCUUGCCACGAGAAUCGUCUCUGCGUAAGCGCUUGCGUCUCAUACUGAUGGAGUAGACCAAAAUAGUUGCUGUAGUUGUAGUGGUUCAUGGAAUGCUUUAGUUAUUUUAGUGGUUUCUCAAAUCGUUUCAAAUCAAACUCGCAUUUGGGCAUCGGGGAACAAUGCUCAACCAACUACGAUACGAAUAACUAAUUCAUAUACACGACUUAGACUUUGGAUUAUUGAUAGAGCUCAGCUUAGAACUUAAAGAAAUAGACGCAUUAUAUAAAUAUCCACAUCCUUUACAUUCAUAUACAUAUAUAGGCAUAAAGUUUUGAAGUUCGAGCGUGAUACUCAUACCAUCAACAAAUAUUCAUACAUACAUAUGACUAUGAUAUAUAUAUACAUAAAACUAAUGGUUUAGUUUAGCCGAAUUCAUUGAGUUGUUGUUUUGUACAUUGUUAUACAUGCUUAUACUAAAGUAUUUCGACAAAAUCUUAUUAAUAAAUACUAAUUUAAAAAGUCCGCUAAACGGAGUUUUGAUUUCUAGUCGUUGUAGCUUCUUGAGAUUUCCCAUAGAGGGCGCUACCGUAGCAGCUACGGCAACAGCUGUGCGAGUUUCGAUACUUGCCUAUUCGAUUCGUGUUUCAUGUUUCGUGUGCAUUUUAAGUACUCAGUAUUUUCAGGCGGUUAACAUAGCGCAAAUUUGUGUGUAAACUGUUAGCAGAGCGUCGGCGCCACUGGUUAUCUCAGCGGAGCAAGUGCAUUAAAGCAACAGAAUAAACAAUUAUAUACUCAAAAUACGUCUACAAGCAGGUAUGCAGCGACAACAGAUGUUGGCCCUUGCGAUACAUGUAUACAUGGCGAGUCAGAAGUACUUUUGACGUCACAUCUUCAUGUUUAGGUCAUGCAAAUAACAGUUGAUUAACAUAGCGCAACCUCUCAGUGUUAAUUACUCUGCUAGCAACGCGUCGGCGCCACCGGUUGCCACAACAAAAAAAAGUACUCGAACGCAAUAAGUACUCAUAAAACAAACAAAACAACGCGCAAUUGGCCGGUGAGCAAAGGAAAUAACUAAAAUACAAAAUUAACCAACCAAUUUGCAAAAGUGUUUGAUGUGCUUGUGAAUACAUACAUAGUGUGCCUUGAACUUACAUAUGUCGAUAAUAUAAUUAUAUUUAAAUACAUUGAAAAAAGGAACACUACGCAAACA